AACCCGGCCCUGGCCCCGGAGGCUUGGGCGCGCGCAGCCAGCCGCGGCCUCACCGGGGAUCCAGGCACGCUCACGGGGGCCGCCGGCGGCGGGACAGGAGGCUGGGCCAGGGGCCUCCGGCCGCUCACCAUGGUCAAGACACGCUGCUCCAAGUUCCUGCAGAAACUCGGCUUCCCCGGCGCGGGCCAUCAGUACGAGCGGCUGGAGAGGGGCGAGUUGGAAACCUUGUUUGAUGAACAAUGUGAGUUGAAAGCCAUCGAGAAGGAGAAGACGGUGGUAGCCCUGCCACCCAAGGAGGCGAGCAAAUGCCGCAGAGAGGAUUUGGCCGAAGCACUUUACGUGGACUUACAGAACGGGCUGUCAGAGUUCUCGGUGACCCAGCGCAGGCUGGUCCAUGGCUGGAACGAGUUCGUCGCUGACAACACUGAACCCGUGUGGAAGAAAUAUCUCGAUCAGUUUAAGAACCCGCUGAUCCUGCUGCUGCUGGCCUCGGCCUUGGUGAGCAUCCUCACGAAGAACUAUGAGGACGCCAUCAGUAUCACCGUGGCCGUGCUGAUCGUGGUCACUGUCGCCUUCAUCCAGGAGUACAGGUCGGAGAAAUCUCUGGAAGAGCUGACCAAGCUGGUACCUCCCGAGUGUAACUGCAUCAGAGAAGGAAAGCUCCAGCACCUGCUGGCACGAGACCUGGUUCCCGGGGACAUCGUGUCUCUCUCCAUCGGAGACCGGAUCCCGGCAGACAUCCGUCUCACUGAGGUGAGGGUCCCAGGCCCUGGUCGGUGGGAUAUGCAGACGCUUAGCUUCUCGGAGGCGGGCAUUCUCUCUCACACACACCCGUGCACACACACGUGUACGCGCACAUGUGCACACAUGCACCAAACAAGCCAGGGAGUUGGCAAACAAGCUGAUUUUAAGCACAAAGCUCCUCAAGUUAUGGACUUAAGCGAUGUUAAAGAUUCCUACGUGAGGAAACAAGAGAUCCCGUUCAGUUCAGAGCAGAAGUGGAUGGCAGUCAAGUGCAGCCCCAAGAAUGAGGGGCAGGAAGACAUCUACUUCAUGAAGGGGGCCUUCGAAGAGGUGGUUCGCUACUGUACCAUGUACAACAACGGGGGCAUCCCCCUGCCGCUGACGCCCCAGCAGAGGUCCCUGUGCCAGCAGGCGGAGAAGAGGAUGGGGUCGCUCGGCCUGCGGGUGCUGGCCUUGGCUUCUGGGCCCGAACUGGGGCAGCUGACCUUCCUGGGCCUCGUGGGAAUCAUCGACCCCCCGCGGGCGGGCGUGAAGGACGCCGUGCAGGUCCUCUCCGAGUCCGGCGUGUCCGUGAAAAUGAUCACGGGGGACGCCCUGGAGACGGCCUUGGCGAUAGGACAGAACAUCGGCCUGUGCAACGGGAAGCUGAGUGCCAUGUCCGGGGAGGAGGUGGAAAGUAUGGAGCCGAGCAAGCUGGCUGACCACGUGGGGAAGGUGUCUGUCUUCUUCAGGACCAGCCCGAAGCACAAACUCAAAAUCAUAAAGGCUUUGCAGGAGUCGGGGGCGAUUGUGGCCAUGACGGGGGAUGGGGUGAACGACGCGGUGGCCCUGAAGGCUGCGGACAUUGGAAUCGCCAUGGGGCAGACGGGGACAGAUGUCAGCAAAGAGGCUGCCAACAUGAUCCUGGUGGACGAUGACUUCUCAGCCAUCAUGAGUGCAGUGGAGGAAGGCAAGGGGAUUUUCCAUAACAUCAAAAACUUCGUCCGAUUUCAGCUGAGCACGAGCAUCGCGGCCUUGAGCCUCAUCGCUCUGUCCACCAUGUGCAACCUGCCCAACCCCCUCAAUGCCAUGCAGAUCCUGUGGAUCAACAUCAUCAUGGACGGGCCGCCAGCACAGAGCUUGGGCGUAGAGCCGGUGGACAAAGACACCCUCCGGCAGCCGCCGAGGAAGGUCAAAGAUAUGAUCCUCAGCAGAGCCCUCAUCCUGAAGAUCCUCCUGUCGGCCUCUGUCAUCAUCAGCGGGACCCUCUUCAUCUUCUGGAAAGAGAUCCCCGAGGACAAGGCCAGCACCCCGCGCACCACGACCAUGACCUUCACCUGUUUUGUGUUCUUUGACCUCUUCAAUGCCCUGACUUGUCGCUCUCAGACCAAGCUGAUAUUCGAGAUCGGCCUCCUCCGGAACCACAUGUUCCUGUACUCGGUGCUCGGGUCCGUCCUAGGGCAGCUGGCCGUGAUUUACGUGCCCCCCCUGCAGAAGGUCUUCCAGACGGAGAACCUGGGGGCGCUCGACUUGUUGCUCUUAACCGGGUUGGCCUCAUCCGUGUUCAUCUUGUCAGAGCUCCUCAAACUCUGUGAGAAAUUCUGCUCCGCGGCCAGGAAAGCCCAGGUCCACCAGGAAGACGUGUAGUGGAGCCCGACCAUGUAGAAGCCCCAGAUAAGCUAUAUUUUUAUGUGACUGCGCCCCGCCCCCGGGCCCUCUUCAGAGAAGGGGUGUUUCUAGGACACGCAGCAUGCGGUUGCUCACCGAGUUCUCCCGGGAGGCCAGCAGGAAGCUCGGCCCAGGCGCAUCCACACGUGCCCCUCGGGCUCUGGGAAGGACUGUGAGGAAGCUGCACAGAAACACCUCGCUAUUUAUUAAAUCACGAUGAUUUUUAUAAACCA